CUCCAAGGUCAUCGAUGUAAGGCCUUCAUAUGUAAGAAAAGGGUAUGCAGAUCCCUUUCGAACGACCAGUCAGUGCCGCGGCAGCGCUGAAGACACAAGCUGCCCAAGAUGCGGAGAGCAAUACUUUUGCUGAUUUGCGUGGCCACCGCCUAUGGUCAGCAGAAAGGCGGUGCUACUGGUGGGCCCAUCGGUGUAGGACCGGGAGCUUCACUAAGCGGUCUCUCAGGGCCAGCAGGUGGAGGUGGACCAAAUGGUAUGUCGGGAAUGGGGCCAAGUGGCCCCAGUGGCAUUGGAGGAGGAGGAGGAGCUGGGCCAGGUCUUGCCGGAACCGGACCAAACGGCAUUAGCGGUGGACCCGGAGUAGCUGGCGUCGGAAUGGGGCGUGGAGGCCCAGGCGGCCCUGGAGGUCCCGGAGGUCCAGAAGCCGGUGUAUCGCCAAGUAUUAUGUUCGGGGAACCUGAAGACGAAGGCGGGGAAGAAGGCGGUGCAGGCCUCAUAGGAUUUGGUCCCGAACAUGGACAGCUGGACCUCUUCACCCUGCUGCUCCGCCAGAUCUUCUUGGCCUACGGCGCGGACCCACUUAGGCUUCCCGAAACGACCAUGCCAUUCAACAGUAUCCUGCGCAUGUCGGGCACCGUGCACACCUACAACUCGCGCGUAUUCGGUCUCUCUCACGUGAGGCGCACUGGCCCGUGCUUCGUGACGGCUGAUCAGAGCGGAAUGCGUCUUGGUCUCGACCUUGGAAUCAAGGACGUGUUCGCCAACUCGUCCGCCACUGUGACGAUGGCAAACAAGAACAUAAGAAAGCAACGCGUCCACUUUACUGUCAUUGUCAGGAAAGCCCGGGCCAUCCUCGAAGUAGCACAGACGGGAGCCCAUGAGAUCCACGUGACAAACUUCAAGAUUCUCUUUCUGCAAGGCUUCAAACUAUUCCUCCGACCAGAUCAGCCGUCAAAAAGACCACUCUUCCGCGCCUUCCUGCGCGCAGCGCAAGCCUUCCUUGAGCGGUCAGUCAAGAGGCGCCUCGAGCCCCUGGUGCGCAAGGCCAUCGACACUCAGAUCAAGACCGUUCUCGCCUACCUGAAUCGCCAGGCAGAACUCAGGCCCAAGCCACGCCUGCCGCCUGAGCUCUUUGCGGGUGUAGCGGAGGGCAUUGUGAUUGGUGGCCCCUCAGGACCAGGUGCUGGACCAGGAGGACCAAGUUUUGGACCUGGUGUAGGACGAGGGGGAGGACCAGGCGUAGGACCUGUCGGACCUGGAGGACCGUUAAGUGCGGGCGCCGGGUUCCCUGAAGGAGGGCCGUCAAACGGAGGUGGAGGUGCUGGUUCGUCAAUCUCAGGCGUCGGUCCGACGGGCCCUGGACCUCAAUUAGCCGCAGGUGCCCAAUUGUCGGGACUUUCCGGCACGAUAGGCGGAGGCUCUGGAGUUGGCCAACAGAAAGUAAAAGGCUAGUAAAUCUGACGGAAACAAAUCUAUCGAUAAGCCUUCCAUCUAUAUUGGAAAUAAAUACCUACCCAUUUACAUUCA